UCUCAUUCUAUUAAUGAUCCAACUUCUAAUGAAUUGACCACUGCUUGUAAUUCCUCAGCUUAACUCAAUGCCCACAUCUUCUAGUCAAGGAACUAACAAUGGAUUCUGUGUGAUGAGUUAGUGACAUAAAUUUCAUUUGAAUGCUAGGAGACAUUGCCUUCCCUUUUACAGAACAAAGAAGAAUCACUAUGCUUUUGCUUUUCCUUUAUAAUGACUCUUUUUUUUUUCCCUUUUCUUGGAUUCUUUAUAAAUCACUUUGCUUUUGUAAAUUUGUAUAUGGAUUACUUUUUUUAAUUUUAUUCAAAGCUUAGUGCUGAAUACAUGUUGGACUAUUUUUUUUUUUCUUUACAAAAAGGUGCACUUCGCUUUCCCAAAAAUUAAAAAUUUUGAGCUGGAAAGCCUUUGAAAGAGAAUUUUUUCCCAUAAAAAGAAGCUGUAGUAAUGUUCUCUGUCAAUGAUUUUGCUGAGCGUCACUAUAAGAUCUUUAAGGUUGAAAAGUUGUACAUCCUGCCAUUCCAUCUGACAGUAGGGAGCAGCUUCUCAACUAGUUAUUUAUAUGGAGAACAUCAAGGAAAUCUGAGUUCAGAGUCAGAAACGCAUGAUUUCUUCAUUUUCAAUCUGAAGAAGUACCCAUGAAGCCUCAUUCCUUGAUUCUCAUGCUUAUGAUCUUUCUGUUCAUACUUCCUAUCUUUCCCCUUAUUGUUGCUGACCUGAAAUCUGAUACACAAGCCCUCCUUGAUUUUGCUGCUGCAAUUCCACAUGCUCGAAAACUCAAUUGGAAUUCUUCUACUCCAGUUUGCAGCUCUUGGGUUGGUGUAACUUGCAAUUUAAAUGGCUCCAGAGUGAUUGCCAUCCAUAUUCCAGCAGUUGGACUUCGUGGCUCCAUCCCGGCCCAUAGCAUAGGGAGGCUAGAUGCUCUCAAGGUCUUGAGCCUGCGAUCUAACUACCUAAAUGGAAAUCUUCCUCCUGAUAUCACCUCCAUUUCUUCCCUCCAAAGCUUAUACCUCCAACACAACAAUUUCUCUGGUCAGUUUCCUGCCUCUCUCUCCACUAAACUCAAUGCACUGGAUAUCUCCUUUAACUCCUUCUCAGGUAGUAUUCCACUCACAUUUCAGAAUCUGACACGACUCACAGUGCUAAACCUUCAAAACAACUCUAUUUCUGGAGCCAUCCCUAGACUGAACCUCCCAAAGCUCAAGCUUCUGAAUGUGAGCUAUAACAAUUUAAAUGGCUCCAUUCCGUUUUCCCUCCAAAACUUUCCAUCUUCUUCAUUUGAGGGAAAUUCCCUACUAUGUGGCCCCCCUCUCAAGCAUUGCUCCACAAUCUCCCCGUCACCUUCACCUUCACCUUCACCUUCUUACUUGCCACCCUCAUCAACAAUCUCCCAAAACCAAAAGUCUAUUCCCAACAAGAAAUUUGGCCUUGGUUCUAUCAUUGUCAUGGCUGUUGGGGGUUCUGCAAUGCUUUUUCUACUAGUUCUAAUGAUCAUCAUAUGUUGUCUGAAAAGGACAGAUGAUGACGGCAAAGGUGUGUUAAAAGGGAAGGCCUCUCGUGGUGGGAGGAAUGAGAAGCCUAAGGAUUUUGGGAGUGGAGUGCAGGAAGCUGAGAAGAACAAACUGUUCUUCUUUGAGGGAUGCUCUUAUAACUUUGAUCUUGAGGAUUUAUUGAGGGCUUCAGCUGAAGUACUUGGGAAGGGAAGUUAUGGAACAGCUUAUAAAGCUGUUUUGGAUGAGGGAACUGUAGUGGUGGUGAAAAGGUUGAAGGAAGUUGUGGUUGGAAAGAAAGAGUUUGAACAACAGAUGGAAUUUUUAGGGAGGGUCGGACAGCACCCAAAUGUUGUUCCACUCCGUGCAUAUUACUUUUCCAAGGAUGAGAAGCUUUUGGUUUACAACUACAUGCCUGCUGGCAGCUUGUUUAUGCUCUUGCAUGGAAACAGGGGUUCAGGAAGGACUCCACUGGAUUGGGAUUCAAGAGUGAAGAUUUCCCUUGGAACCGCCAGGGGAAUUGCACACAUUCAUUCAGAGGGUGGUGCCAAGUGUAGCCAUGGCAACAUCAAGUCCUCCAAUGUCCUACUCACCAAUGACCUGGAUGGGUGCAUCUCCGAUGUUGGGUUGACUCCACUGAUGAACUUCCCUGCAACCUUGUCUCGAACCACCGGAUAUCGAGCUCCAGAGGUGGCCGAAACUCGUAAAAUAACACAGAAGUCUGAUGUAUACAGCUUUGGAGUUGUCCUUCUUGAAAUGCUGACAGGCAAAGUCCCACACCAAUAUCCAGGAGGGAACCAGCAUGAUGUGGUGGUUGAUCUCCCGAGAUGGGUGAAGUCUGUUGUCCGUGAGGAAUGGACAGCUGAGGUUUUUGACGUGGAGCUGCUGAGAUACCAAAAUGUUGAAGAGGAGAUGGUGCAGAUGCUUCAGAUUGCAUUAGCAUGUGUCACAAAACUGCCUGACAUGCGACCCCAAAUGGUUCAAGUUGUGAAAAUGAUGGAGGAAAUCAAGGACAAGAACCGCAUGUCUUCUGAAUCCGAGUCUACUGUGCAAACCCCAUGAACACACAAGUGGUUUGGUACUAUGUUAUGAGGAACUGAUAAGAAUCCACUUUUCUGCUACCGAUGAAUUAGACUUUACUAGAAUCUAUUUUCAUCUAAUGUGGAAGGCAAUUAUGCCAAAUUGCCAAAAGGCCUCUACUACUACUAGUAAGGACAAGGCUUUCCUGCUCUUGUGCAUUUCUGUUAGCACAUAUGAAUUAUGAUGGGACCCUGAUAUAACUUUCUAUUCUAGAUCUUUAAUAUUAUUUGUACUAAUUUAUUAGAACAAGAGUCAAGACUCGAAGAGGUCUCUUUUCCUGAUUUUUCAGAAAUAAAAAUGUUCUAUUUUGUGGGAGAUCAUGUGUGUGAGUGAAACUUGAGGGUUGAGGUGCAGCUGCUGCAGUAAUAAGCCAUUGCCAAUAAUCUGAGCAACUAGUUUAGUUUGUUUCAGAUUUAAUGCAUAAGUCAUAACUACUUGCCUUCCAGUUCA